GUGCGAAAUGUUGUAAAAUGCUGUCAGGUCCAGGGUCACUUGUUUUGUUUUUUUGUUACACUUUCGGUGCAGUGCGUUGUCUGUCCAAACUCUUAUCGUAAAUUACACUUGAAAGUAAUGGCUCUGAUCGGCAGGAACUGGUGCCGCCUCCUCUGGGCCAGACACGCCGAGCCGAAGGCCCUGUUUGCGGGGAUUGUCAAAGAAGUUCCGCGGCGUUGCUCCACUAAAAUGCGGCGAUGGUAUUCCAGGGCUACGCAAGAAGAAAAUAAAAUUGAACUCUUGACGUUAGAUCCAAGUGCAGCUACAACCGCAAAUGUCGCAGCUUUAAAAUCCGCACCCACAGAGCAGCUAGCUCCCCCUGCUGGCCGGAGGAGGACGCUGCAGGAGGACCCCCUGCCCUUCUCCGCCUUCCUCACCGACGGCUUCGGCCGCCGACACAGCUACCUGCGCAUCUCCCUGACGGAGAAGUGCAACCUCAGGUGUCAGUACUGCAUGCCGGAGGAGGGGGUGAAGCUCACGCCCCGCGCCCAGAUCCUGACCUCCGCCGAGGUGCUCACGCUCGCCCGACUGUUCGUCCACGAGGGCGUGGAGAAGAUCCGGCUGACCGGGGGCGAGCCCCUCAUCCGCCCGGACAUCCUGCACAUCAUCGCUGAGCUGAGGAAGCUGGAGGGUCUGAAGACCAUCGCCGUGACGACUAACGGGAUGAACCUGAGCCGGCUACUUCCUGGUCUGAAGGCGGGCGGAUUGGACCAGCUCAACAUCAGCCUGGACUCGCUGGUGCCCGCCAAGUUUGAGUUCAUCGUGCGGCGGAAAGGGUUCCACAAGGUGAUGGAGGGCAUCGACAAGGCCAUCGAGAUGGGCUACAACCCCGUCAAAGUGAACUGCGUGGUGAUGCGGGGACUGAACGAAGACGAGGUCCUGGACUUCGUGGCGCUGACGAAGAGGAAACCCUUGGACGUGCGGUUCAUCGAGUACAUGCCCUUUGACGGUAACAAGUGGAACUUUAAGAAGAUGGUGAGCUAUCAGGAGAUGCUGGACCACAUCAGGCAGCAGUGGCCCGACCUGGAGCAGCUCCAGGGAGGGGAAACGGACACGGCCAAGGCCUUUAAGGUCCCAGGCUACAUGGGGCAGGUCGGGUUCAUCACCUCCAUGUCUGACCACUUCUGCGGCUCCUGCAACCGACUGCGCAUUACUGCUGACGGCAACCUCAAGGUGUGUCUCUUUGGAAACUCGGAGGUGUCUCUUAGAGACUGUCUGCGUUCCGGAGCCUCUGAUCAGGAGCUGCUGGAGAUUAUCGGAGCCGCAGUGGGCAGGAAGAAGAAACAGCAUGCAGGAAUGUUCAACAUCUCCCAGAUGAAGAACAGGCCCAUGAUCCUGAUUGGAGCCACGCCCACGGCCUCGCUGCCGCCCCGCCCCCCCCUUCCUCGUCUCCAUGGCAGCGAGGUGGCCGCCACUCCCCCCGUUUCCCACCGGACACGUUCGGCCUUCCACACUACGCCAACCUCCCUCGGACUGUACCACUCCGCCCGCGGGGGUGGCCACCACAGCACGGACGCAGAGUGCGUUUCAGCACAGAAGGUCUCGCACACCCCCCCAGAAUGGGGGCCCGUCAGGUGGUCCCGGCCAGCUGCCAAAGGUUCGUCCUCUCGUUUCGGGACUACCCACACCCCCCGGGAAGGGAGGGGAGUCUCUGGAGAGGGUGUCCGAGGAGGAGGAGGGUGGGGUGAUAUCGGACUGCGGGCCUCACCUCAGGCUUCCUACGCCAGGUCAGAAUCACGCACAAUCAGACCGCCCCCUGCAGGCGGUCCGAGGAAUGGCUCCAUACAGGGUACUGACACUAACACGAGCCCCUCCCUGAAAGGACAGGGCGUGGGAGGGCUCUACAUACGCACACUACUGCUGAAGAGCGCUACACGCCGCCCCCUGGUGGCCGGCUCAGUGAGGUGCAGCCACAGCCGGACGUCCGACGACCCGCCCGAUGACUCCAACUCCCAGCAGCCCCGGCUGCACGAGGCGACGUCGCCGGGGUCACGUGACCGCCUGGCGGAUCGGCUGACGCACGCGGACGCCCGGGGCCAAGCCGCCAUGGUGGACGUGGGCGGGAAGCCGGCGUCGCGGCGGACGGCGGUCGCGACCGCCACCGUCCUGCUGCCGGCGACGGCCUUCCGACUGGUCCAGGAGAACCGGCUGUCGAAGGGAGACGCGCUGGCCGUGGCGCGCCUGGCGGGCAUCAUGGCCGCCAAGCAGACCGCCGCCCUGAUCCCGCUGUGCCACCCGCUGCCGCUGGACCGCGUGGCGGUGUCCGUGGAGCUGGUGGCGGAGAGGCGCGCGGCCGUCGUCACGGCGACCUGCCAGACCACCGCGCGCACGGGCGUGGAGAUGGAGGCGCUGACCGCCGCCACGCUGGCCGCCCUCGCGCUCUACGACAUGUGCAAGGCCGUCAGCCACGACAUCACCGUCACCGACGUCCGCCUCGUCAGCAAGACGGGCGGGCAGGGGGGCGACUAUCAGAGGGGAGACUGAGUGUAACCGCCUCACCCCACGAUUCAACCGCCUCACGCCCCUGGGAUUCAACCGUCUUACCCCCACGGUCCUACCAACUCAGUCUUCACCCCACAAUUCAACCGCCUCACCUCUACAAUUCAACCACCUCACCUCUACAAUUCAACCACCUCACCUCUACAAUUCAACCACCUCACCUCUACAAUUCAACCACCUCACCUCUACAAUUCAACCACCUCACCUCUACAAUUCAACCACCUCACCUCUACAAUUCAACCACCUCACCUCUACAAUUCAACCUCCUCACCCCCAUAAUUCAACCACCUCACCCCUUCAAUGCCCCAAUUCUGACUGUUACCCCACAAGCAUACUCUCCUCAGUUACCCCCCCCCCCUCCAAAAGUCUACCCCUCCCUCCUCAUGCCCUCAUCACACCAUGACGCCCCCUGACCUCCACAGUGCCACCAUUUCACCCCCCCAAAAAACCCCCAUCUCAUCUACCUCUUCAUACUGCUCCACAUUCGUUCAGGGGAGAGAGAGAGAGAGAGAGAUAGAGAGAGAGAGAGAGAUAGAGAGAGAGGGAGAGGGAGAGGGAGAGAGUGAGAGACUGAACAGACCUUCCACAGCUUACCUCAGUGGCGGGAGCGUACUUUUUUUUUUUUCAGCACUUAAAGCUUCCGGUUGUUUCUCUCACAUCGUAGCCUGUGUGUGGCUGAGCGUGGCUCAGGUGCUAACCCACUGUGUCAAAGCUACUCGUGACUAUGCAGAAUUGUACCACAGAGUUUACCAUGUGGAGUUUACCAUAGAGUGCUGCUGGGGUCAUUCAGAGAAAAGCCCUUUCAUGGUACAGGGCUCUCCAUUAGCAUUGUUAGCAUUAGCAAGACUUUUUCGGAUACGGAUCAGCGAUCAGUGUGGUGGGAACGAUCUGGGAGCUGAUGGAAAUAAUCCCAGGCUUCCGGGGAGAAUUCGGAGAUCCGGAUUCCUUUCCACCAUACAGGGCUGUCCGGUAGAUUCCUCUUCCAGUCCGCCAACACGCCAUCCCAGCAUGCUACUCGUCUAGUUUCGCAGUGCAAGCUGGUUAGGAGAGGUUCCCCAGUACCCAUGGAAACGGUACCUACCCCAGUGUUAUAUAUUAGCCUGCAUGCUAACCGGUGAUUGUGGAAUAACAUGUGCCUCCAAUGUCCGGUAACACUUUAUUACAAGGGUCCUACAUAAAAGCUAUGUAACUCCUUCAUAAGCACUACAUAGCACAUUCAUAAGCACUACAUAUCACAUUCAUAAGCGCUUAUGUCAGUAACCGCAAAUAGUCGUACGGGGAUUAUAACACACAUCUCCUGACAGACAUUGAGGCGUAGCUGAAUAGCUGAGCGCACACGCGCGCACACACACACACACACACACACACACACACACACACACACACACACACACACAGUCAUUAAAACACUCACAUUUUACAUCACAUGCAACUGUAUUCCUGGUCACUGUAAAGGCACCAUUUUGUUUUUUCCUCUGGUAUAACUGGACCUGAUUAUCAAAUUAUCACAUAUUCUCCUGUACUUCCAUGUUACUUAAAGAUGCAAAUAUGCCAAAUGAAUGUACGAUGAACGAUACAAUGAUGACAAUUAUGUCCAUAUAAUGAAUAAUGAUGCUUUAAUCAUGUUCCCCUUUUCAAGUCUUAUUUAAAUGCGUAUCGUAGUGAGAGGUGGUGUGUUGAUUUAAUUUUUCCCUGUAAUCAGUGAUGUCAGUUCUGAAACCUGUGGUGACGACCCAGCAGGAAGUUCAAUGUACAAAACUAUAUUUUUACAUUGGUACUGUAGAUAAUAAACACUUACAUGACAAAA